AUGCGGAUUCAAAAGUUCUCGAGUUACGCAAUGGGCAUCUUUACAUCGCUCCAUCUCGCCAACGUCUCCCUCAUCCCCGCCAUCACCCGAUCUGUCGCCGGUUCCGAGACCUAUCUCCUCAUGACUCGCGAGAUCUACCAGACCUCGCUUACCGAACCCAUCCUGGUCGCCCUACCUGUGAUAGCACACGUCGGUUCCGGAAUUGCUCUUCGUCUAUUGAGGAGGUCGCAGAACAUGAAGCGGUACGGCGCUGCUACACCGGGAAUGUAUGCGCUCCAUCGGUCAAGGACAGAGCUCGAGGACCCCAAGAGGGUCAAAUCUGCAUCACUGUGGCCGGCGUUGAGUUACAUUUCGAUAUCCGGCUAUGUCUUUUCUGCCUUCUUCGCUGCCCACGUUUUUGUCAACCGCUUUUUGCCAUUGCAUGUGGAGGGUGACAGCUCCAACAUUGGUCUGGCUUACAUUGCCCACGGGUUCGCUCGACACCCUGCCGUUGCUUGGUUCUCUUAUAUUGGCCUCCUUGGCGUUGGAUGCAGUCAUAUGAUCUGGGGACAAGCCAAGUGGCUCGGCUUGGCGCCGUCGACAAAGACAGUCUGGGGACCCGGAUCGAUGACCAUAAACAAGAAAGUCAGGACGCAGAAGAGAAGGAGAUAUGCUGCUAUCCACGGUGUGGCGAUAUCUUUUGCUGCCCUGUGGGCGGUCGGAGGCCUAGGAGUUGUCGCAAAGGGAGGCCUUACGGAAGGCUGGAUUGGCAGGGUGUACGACGAGAUUUUUGCAGCUGUUGGGCUGUAA